AUGACGUCCCCCUCUUCCGUUCGCUGCGCUGAAGGGUCGCUGCUACGUGAUUCGAGCAAUUUUUAUGCCUGGUCGCAACACAUCCUCAUGAUGGCCAGAGAUUUUGAUUAUGGUGAUCUCCUGGCCGCCUACCUUAAGGACGGACGCACCACUAUCGUCUUCUACUUCGGCGUGACGGACCCCAACGCCCACGCCGUCCUGGCUUUGCUGCCCUCGUUCACUCAGCUGGUGGCUCAGAUGGAUAAACUCUGUGAUCGCAUUGUUUCUUCCUCCGUCUCUGAGGAUGCCAAGGGAUCUUUCUACAAUGAUCGCAUCAAGGACGAACCUCACCGCGGUGCCUACAAAUUAAUGCGCGCUGAGCAUGGUCUUGCCCUCACCAAGGAUAUCCCGCCGUUCUUUUCCUCUCUCUGGUUUGCCAAGGGCUCCUUGCACAAUCGCACUCAAAAGGAUCUCACAUCCUUCAUUCAACAAUUGCGUCAGGUUUUAUAUUAUUUUUAUUGA